ACGUCAGUGACGGAAACGAGUAUGCAAAUAAGAGCAGAGAGAAAGCCCUCCGGACAAAAUGGCAUUGAGGACCUCUUUGAAGAGCAAGUGGGGCUUGUUAGGUCUUCUCUCCCAGCGCGCCUCCUGCAGGAGUCAUGGCAGAGUGUGUGUGUCUCCUGUCCUCGUCGAUCAGCGGAGGAACAGUUCCACCUCCUUGCCGAAGGUCAAAGUGGAUUUUGACCAAAGCACAGGUGUGGCGGUGCUGCGCAUGCAGAGUCCGCCGGUCAACAGCCUCAGUUUAGAUUUCCUCACAGAGUUCUGCAUCAGCGUGGAGAAGCUGGAGAUGGAUAAGAGCUGCCGAGGCCUCAUCAUCACCUCGAGCCUGCCCAAAGUGUUUUCAGCCGGACUGGACAUCAUGGAGAUGUACGGGAAGAGUCCGGAGCGCUGUGGAGAGUUCUGGAGAGCCGUUCAGGAGAUGUGGCUGAAACUCUACAGCUCCAACAUGGUGACGAUCGCUGCAAUCAAUGGCUCCAGUCCUGCAGGCGGCUGUCUCAUGGCCUUGACAUGUGACUACAGGAUAAUGGCCGACAACCCUCGUUACAGCAUCGGCCUUAAUGAGACCAAGCUGGGCAUCGUAGCACCAUUUUGGUUUAAGGACACCAUGUCAAACACUGUUGGCCACCGAACAACAGAGGAAGCUCUGGCUCUGGGGCUGCUCUACAACCCAGCAGAGGCCCUGCAGAAAGGACUGGUGGACCAGCUGGUACCUGAAGACCAGGUCCUCACCACAGCCACUCAGACCAUGACCAAGUGGUUGGCUAUUCCAGACCACGCCAGACAGAUCACCAAGUCCAUGAUGAGGAAGACGUUCAUCGACAAACUGGUGUCCAAAAGAGAGGCGGACAUCCAGAACUUUGUCAGCUUCAUCACCAAAGACUCCAUUCAGAAGUCUCUUGGCAUGUAUAUGGAGAUGCUAAAAAAGAGAAGAGGCUAAAACAUACAGCCUAAUUAGACUGGACCAGUAAAAUCAUAGCAUAAUUACCUAUAAAUAAUACAUUUUACCCUUUGUUUUAGUGCAAAGAAGUACAAGUACAUUGAGAAAAUCUUUAUAUUUAAUGAAUAUACACAACCAGUCCAAAGUUUGGACACAACUUCUUAUUCAAAAUUCAAUUUAAAAAAUCUGAACUAUGGUGGAACACAUAAAAAACUGUUAAACAAACCAGAACAUGUUUUAUAUUUUAGAUUCUUAAGAGUAGCCAACUUUUGCUUUGAUGGAACGAUCGUUAGCGGCAGUUAGCUACAGUUAGCUCUGUAGCAGUACAGUGUGUAUGUGCUAACAGUUAGCUCUGUAGCAGUACAGUGUGUAUGUGCUAACAGGCUAACAUUUAGCUCUGUAGCAGUACAGUGUGUAUGUGCUAACAGGCUAACAGUUAGCUCUGUAGCAGUACAGUGUGUAUGUGCUAACAGGCUAACAGUUAGCUCUGUAGCAGUACAGUCUGUAUGUGCUAACAGGCUAACAGUUAGCUCUGUAGCAGUACAGUCUGUAUGUGCUAACAGGCUAACAGUUACCUCUGUAGCCGUACAGUGUGUAUGUGCUAACAGGCUAACGGAUUGACAGAUCUGCAGCCGUUAGCAUCCAGUGGAGUCCCGGUAUAAGAGAAUAACAGAAGUGUGCAAAGCUGUCAAAAGCCAAAGGUGGAUACUGUGAAGAAUCUAAAAUAUAAAACAUGUGUUUUAUAACGACGCCUGGCUCUGCCACCCGUUUGUUCAAGGCAAUCCAAACUCUUUGCAUUUGAUGUUCCCCGUUGGUGGAAAGCACUACCUAUAAACCCUCUCUACCUAUAAAAACUCUUAAAGACCCAGCUCUUCAGAGACGACCUUCAGAGCACUUAUUGCAGCACAUACGCCCCUUAUCGCACUAUAUUUUAUUAUUUAAUGAAGGUUAUUUCCCUUUUUCUGCAAGUCACAUUGGAUAAAAGCGUCUGCUAAAUGACUAAAUGUAAAGAAAAGUAAGUAGACCUUUCUGCGUAUUUAGGGUUGUUAAGCUAUGAUUGUAGUAUUACUGUUAGCGGAGCGGUUUAGCAAACAGUUUCCUCUAAGUGCCUAGCCUUACUGUAACCUCUG